AGGUGCGUGUUUACCUUGAUAAUACUGUAUCCUUAUUCCCCGUGGACUAGAUAGACGGUAAACUUGUAAAAACUAAACUUAUGUCUCAUAAAGUUAUUACUCGUUCAAUGGUAAAGUCUUAACUUGGCGCAAUGCAUAUUUGUUUAGUGUUUAUCGUCGUUCAUACAUUUUAGAGGAAAUACGAAAAAGAAAAUUUCAAACUAAAUGAUAAAUUAUUAUUUAUAAAAGGUUUAUAUUUUUUUACAAAAUAACCAUCAAUCAUGUCAAUAAAACUAUUAAAAUAUAUUGUCUCAAAUAGUUGUAUAAGAAGCAGAGUACAUAGUAUGAAAUAUAUGAGUACUGUAAAUAAUGAUAAGCUCAUUAAAGUAACUUUUAACAAAGCCAAUGGCGACAAAAUUACUGCCGAAGGCAAAAAAGGAGAUUCUUUGUUGGAUGUCAUUAUCAAUAAUAACUUAGAUUUUGAUGGAUAUGGAGCAUGUGAAGGUACGUUAACAUGUUCUACAUGUCAUGUGAUUUUAGAUUCAAAGGACUAUGAUGCAUUACCUGAUAAGCCCUCUGACGAAGAAUUAGAUAUGUUAGAUUUAGCAUAUAACUUAACUGAUACGUCUCGAUUAGGAUGUCAAAUAAUUUUAGAAGAAAAAUUAGAUGGCUUAGAAGUUAAAGUACCAGCUACAGUUAAUGAUGCUAGGUAUAACUAAAACAUACAUAUAAAAAAACAAUAUUUUGACAAAAAAUAUUACUUUUCUUAUUUAAAUUAAUAUAUUAUUAUCUAUAGACUUUAAAACGAGAGAUGAAUCUAAAUGCUUAUGACUUGCUCCAAGUUAAACUAUUACAUUUAUGGUUUUAUUUGUUUUUUCGUCAUUUAAAUACUUGUAAAUACUUAAUAAGUAGUACAGUACUAAAUUACUAGCAAAUACGAUUAUAUUAUAAUAUAUACAAAAUAUGCAAUAGAAAUUGUUAAUAACAACAUUGAGGGUCUAUAUAAAUGAUAAGUUAAUCUACUAUUUAAUUGUUUGUAUUUCUAGUGAGUAAUAAGAUUAUAUUAGCAUUUUCUAAUCUGUGUUGUAACCAUUUUUUUUUAUCUAUUUAUUUUAACUUAAUAUUAUACAAACAAUUAAAUCUUCUUUAAUUGCGCGGGGUACAUUUUAUUUUUAUAUCAUUAAUGGUAGGGUAACUAAGAUCUUAACCUUACCUAAUGCAAGAUUUUUUUAGUUCAUCUUUUUUGGUAGGGAGGUCGAAAGAAAAAAUUAGAGUUUUCAAGUGUCAGCAAAAAUUAAAAAAAAAACUGGGAUUUUUACGCAAAAUUGGUUAUCUAAAUAAUUGAUUCUGUUUGAAAUAUGCAAUUUUUCCUGGAUGUUUAUACUGGCAUUUUCUAUACACCAUAAAUGUUAGGUUAGAUGUUAGGUUAAAUGUUAUCUAAAAUAUUUAGAUACUGUUUGAGCUAUUGACAAUAGGCAUACAAAAAUUGAAAUUUUUGAUAGUUUUUUAAAAAUUAUUGUUGACAAAAAAUUUUUUGCUUGGUUAAAAAAAUUGAAAAUUAAAUACAAAGUUCCUCAGUGUGCUUCUAGCCUAUAAUCUAACUAUUUUAUAGAGUAUUAUAAUUUUACAUUUUUGGAUUGCAUAAUAUGUUUAAAGAUUCCUUAAUUUUUAAUGUAUGUUCAUAUAUUUACAAAAAAUUAAUUUUUAUUUCAGAGACUAAUAUAAUGUAUGUAAAAUUACAUUUAGCUAUAAACAUUGUCUGUGUGGAAUGUUAACUCCGUUGUUGCAAGUAAAUAUAUAUUAAAAUAUCAA